CAUCAAUCUUGGGCACAGUACACAUGCAAAAUAAUGCCUUGCAUGCAUCAGAUCGCAUGAAUAAUCGUGCGCAUAAAGGCGGACAUAUAGAUCUAUACAUAUAUACAUUUGUACACACGGGCUCUUUCUCUCUCUCUCUCUCUCUCUCGCAGACACACGCACACGUACGUAGGUACCAGCACACAGCUGCGCGCAGUGUAUAAUAAUAACGCACCGACGACUGCACACAGUGAACAGUCUGGCAGCAACAGCGUUGGUGUUCAGGUGUCAAUCGAAACUGUCCCCUUUCAUAACCGCACGACUACAGUAGCAUCGUACACAUUUUACAAAUAUUACCCUCGGGUAAAACAUACAUAUAUAUAUAAGUCUAACCAAUCGCAUGUAACGCGAGGCUCUCUCUCUUAAUCUGCUCGUCAGAGUGGCAGCUGAAUCGUGUUAUAAUAAUGAUGAUGCAUCGGUCGCGCGUGUACAAAAGUCGCCGUGGCGAAGAAGAAGCAGUAUCAUCGUGGAGCAGCAGCAGCAGCGUGUAACGUCAACUACUCGUGCUUCGAAGUGAAUCAUUAUCCCACGAUACAAGGAUCACAAUAUAAAAGUGUCAUCUAAGCUGGAGCUAAGCGCGAGCACGACGUCGUUGCCGUCGUCGUCGACGAGUCGCAAAGUGCUGCAUCAACAGCAAUCACAACAACAACAACAGCAUCAACAACGUAGCGGCGGCGGUGGUGUCGGAGGCGGCGGCGACGGUGUCACAGGCGGUAGCAGUAAACUUGGCAAGAGUCAAGAGCCGUCGUCGAGAAACGAUAAAACGUCCGUCGAUGAGCCAAAGCCAUCUCAGCCGGACGGGACGACGACGACGACGACGACGUCGACGACCAAGGGCAGCUUCAGUCAUCGGCGCAAUUAUGCCGCCGCCGUAUCAGCGGCUCUCUACAACAUCGCCGGAUUGCACACGAGAACAGUUCAAAAUCCAAAGAUGAAUGUUUCUCAUUACGGAAUUGUGGGAGCAAUAACAAUCUUGCUCUUUGCCAUCUUUAGUUUCACAACGCUAAUACGAAUUUUUUCACUGUUAGCAGUUUUAUUGCUGGGUCUUAUAAGUUGUAUAUAUAGAAAGAAUGCUUCUAAGUUAGAAAAUGCAGUCAAAGAUGGAAGAGAAAACUUAUAUCAGAAGACAGAAAAACUUAGACAGUUACUUUUGGAAGAGUCGAAGAGAAAGGUUACGUACUCGUUAGACAGAAGAGUGACUGGAAGUCAUAUUAUUGAUGAAUCAUUACAAGAAAUUUUAGAUUUUGUUUUGCGAGACUAUGUAGAACCUUGGUAUUGUGUGCUUACAAAUGAUGAAGAAUUUACAAAAUCUGUCAGAGACACUGCUCAAAAAAUUGCAAUCAACAUUGCAAAUAGGGUCAAAGAUGUGGACUGGAUACCAUAUCUCACAACAAAACUCGUCGAUGACGCAGCUUCACACAUGCGUCUUUAUCGGCAGGCUCGAGCAAAGAUGAAGCAUGUUCGCUGCUCGACCAGUUCGAAAGGAAGCAGCAGCUCACAAUCCGGUGGCACACCGAAAAAGACACCUACACACCGCCGUAAUAAGAGUGAAACAGAUGUCUUUUGGUAUUCACAAUCAAGGUUUUACAUACCGAACUUAUCUUCUCUAAACGAACCCGUAGAGAAUGGCGAAAAGGAGGUUGAAUCUCUAGAGAAGGCGUUUUUCGAUCAAGAAGUGCAGAUGGAGAACAAUCUGAUCUGUCGCGAUAUCGUUUGCACCGAUCCCGAACAAGAACUGGCUUUUCUUGGCGAAAUAUCAGAAAUAUUACUUUACUUAUUAUUGCCCAAGUCUGACUUCGACUGUCUCACUGUGAGAUUUAUUUUAAGGGAAUUGUUAGUGAAUGUUAUUAUAAAGCCGCUUCUUGAUUUGUUUUCUGAUCCUGAUUAUAUCAAUCAGGCUUUCAUAUGGCUGUGUACAAAAGAAAAUAGUUUACCCAGUGAUGUAUUUUUAACCGUUAUUAGAAUGACUGAUAGUGUGGAAGAAUUACAAGCCACAAAAAAUAUCGUUUGUCGUGAAAUAGCUCACUUACGAUCUAAAGAUUCAGGUGGCGAGGACGACCUCACUGUAAAACAACAGCUAAACAGUCUUAUCUAUGUUAAAAAAAUACUUGACAAUCGAAUUAUUGGCAUGAAAGAAGGUCUCGAUGCUUCUGAAAGCGACGGCUUGGGUGCAAUUCCAGAUUGGAAUCGUUUACUUGUUCCUGGUUAUAAAUUAGUUAAUUUGCCAUUGGAUGAAUUGCUAAAAAAUAACAUAGCGUUAAGUUAUUUUAUCGAUUACAUGACCAAUAUAAAUGCCGAAGCUUACCUUUACUUUUAUUUAAAUAUAUACGGCUGGCGUGUAUCAGCUGAACAGCAAAUUUCCGAUAUAGAAUUACAAAAACUACACAACUCGCAGCAGGGUUCCACAUCCAGCUCGUCGAAAAAGCGCAACGUGGAUCUCGAAAACUUGAAAGAGGCAGCCUCGAAAAUCUACCAACAAUAUCUCAGCGACAAGUCGUCGUCGAAGCUCCAACUCGACGACGCUCUCGUCAAAGCUCUUGUCAGUCGCAUCAAAACCGAACAGGUGCGAGAGACGUGGUUCGACGAACUGCAGGCUUGCUGCUACGAAAAACUGCAGAACGAGGAUCGCUUUUUGCCGGCCUUCAAACGCUCCGUUUCGUAUUUAAAACUGUUGGCCGAACUGGAUCUGUUGAAAGAUCCGACUUCGGAGGACGACAGCAAGUCAUUGGACAGCAUCAGUUUGUCGAGCAUCAACAAUGAAUUGGACACGCACGAGGAACACAACAACGAUUUACCGAAGGACGGCUCGGAAAAAUCAAAAAGCGAAACAUCGUCGAUGAAAUUCGACACCAAGAGCAAGUCGUCCUCGUGCGACGAUCUGGACGCCGACUCGACGGGUAGCGGUGGCGACGACAAAGCUGCAGCGUUGGCAGCUCGCGCGGAAGAGCAGCGCAGCACGGGCAGUGGCAGCAGCCACUUGAAAGAGGGACCGCCGAGCUUUUACGGCAUCGAGACCAACAUCGAGCAGUUUCUGAAGCUCGACGAGAGCGGCUACGAUCCGAACGUCAUUAAAAAAUUGCAGCAAGGCAAGUUCGAUCUGAGCGUGGAGAUCAUCGAGACGGGCAUCGUUAACGAUCGCGGCAAGACUUAUGGAAUUUACGCAGUUGCUGUCAAAAAGGCUUACGAUUCUGGAUAUCAAGAAAAAUGGCAUAUAUAUCGAAGGUACUCCGACUUUUACGAUCUUUAUCAAAAAAUCAAAGAGAAAUACUUCGACCUCGCGAAAAUCGCAUUCCCGGGUAAGAAGGCUUUCCACAACAUGGACAGAUCGACACUGGAGAGGCGAAUGGUCAUGCUCAAUGCUUGGCUGAUACAAAUCACCAAACCAAACAUCGUCGACGGUCACAUGGGUUUGCAGAACUUGCUUCUCGCUUUCCUCGAACAGGGUGAUUACGACAAAGGUGUUCCUGGCGGACAUUUAUCCAGAACCAUCGAUACCAUUGUUAAUCCACUUAAAACGUCUAUGAAAACCAUAACACAAACGGUAAAGAACGUGCCCGACAACAUGAUCAACACAGUGGAUGGAGUUAUGGACAAUAUAAGCAAAUUUUUUGGAAAUCCGAAGAAAAGUAGCGUAUUUUACGAGAGCGUCAAAGUCGGCGCAAGCCUCGAUGCGGAGACCGACGAUAAUAUACCGUUGAGGAUCAUUCUUCUGUUGAUGGACGAAAUCUUUGACUUGAAAAAUAGGAAUCAGUGGCUUCGGCGUAGGAUAAUAACCUUGCUGCGACAAAUCAUUCGCACAAUGUUCGGUGAUAUUGUUAAUCGAAGGAUCGUUGAGUACGUUUCAUUUCUGACUAGUCCCAAGAACGUAGCGACGUAUUUAAAAUUAUUCAAGCAUAGCUUCUGGCCGAAUGGCGGACGCGCCGAGUCGAAACCGCCGCGAGAUCCCGAAACCAAGAGCCGGACUCGCGUCGCCGCCAAGGUCGCUUUGCUCUCGUGCUUGUCCGACGAGCUGAAACACAUAAUCGGCAGCGAGACCACGCGUCGCGGUCUUCUGCGAGUAUUCGAGCUGUUUCAACGGCCGGUGCUAAAUCGUCGUUUGCUCUACGUGCUUCUCGAGGGCAUCGUUCAAAAUCUGUUCCCAACGACGGAUCUCGAGAGUAUAUUUCGCAAACUUUAUUCCGUGUCACCGAGGGUCAAACACAAGUGCAAAAACAAAUCCUGAUAUUGAGAUUAAGAUCGGUAAGAUUCCUCGGUGAAAUCAUAAGAAUCCAUACGAUUGCUUGAAAUGGAUUUUUGUGUUUAGUGUUGCUAUUAAAAUACGUGUACAUGGUAUUAUUUUUUAAGAUCGACCGAAGUGGAAAUUCAAACGAAAAGAAAAAUACUAUUUCAGUAUAUUUUGUUGUCUUUAAUUUUAGUUUUUUUUUAUUUGAUUUUAUAUUCAUGAAUGGAAGAGUUUUAAACUCGCUAUUGACUUUUCUGUUUUUACUAAAGAAAUAAAUAUAAUUUGAAGAAAAAGUAUUCAUAUCUAGGUGCUUUAAUAGUUUUUUUGUGUGAUAUCGAGCAACGCCUACGUAUCAAAUGAACUCGUAAGUUCGAGCUAUUAAUCAAUUGUUAUUUUUUUUAACAUUUUUUUUGGAAUAAUCAAUUCUUAAAAUAAUUUUUUUUUCAUUCGAUAAAAUGUAUAUAAUUACAAACUAUUAUACGAAUAAAAUGAGUACUGUAAUGACUUACUUUGCUACAGA